UUGCAGGAUCAUGUUAGUAAUUCAAGCCAUUCCAGUCUCAGAGGAAGUGCCCGGACUUCAACAAGAGAGGAACAUCCUGUUAAUCCUGUGCUGCUUCCAACCUCAGCUGGGCUGCCUGCAGGCUGGGAGGAGAAGCGAGACAGUAAAGGAAGACGCUACUAUGUCAACCACAACAGCCGAACAACUUCGUGGACACGACCCCUUAUUCAGAAAACCUCAGAGGCAGCAGCAGCAGCUGCAGCAGCAGCAGCACCACCGUGUGGUUCAGGUUUACCCCAAAGCACCCCUCUCCCACCACCUGUCCCCCCCGAGGAGUCUCCUCAGCACACCCCAAGCCCAGAGGCCACACAAGAGUCUGACUUCCUGCCGGCUGGUUGGGAGGUUCGCAGUUCUCCCAAUGGAAGACCCUUUUUCAUUGACCACAACACAAAGACUACUACCUGGGAAGAUCCCAGGCUAAAGAUUCCUGUGCCCAUGAGGAGGAGAGCCUCGCUUGACCCAUCUGACCUUGGCCCUCUGCCGCCUGGUUGGGAGGAGAGGGUCCAUGCGGAUGGAAGGAUUUUCUACAUAGAUCACAACACCAGGACCACACAAUGGGAUGAUCCCAGAUUACAGAACUCAGCUAUAACUGGACCAGCAGUGCCUUAUUCCAGAGAUUAUAAACAGAAGUAUGACUACUUCCGGAAGAAGCUGAAGAAACCGGCUGACAUCCCAAACCGUUUUGAGAUGAAGCUGAGACGAAAUACGUUGCUAGAGGACUCAUACCGACGCAUCCUCUCAGUUAAGAAGGCCGACCUGCUAAAGGCACGACUGUGGGUGGAGUUUGAGGGAGAAAAAGGACUGGACUAUGGCGGCGUGGCCAGGGAGUGGUUCUUCCUCAUGUCCAGGGAGAUGUUCAACCCAUACUACGGACUGUUUGAGUAUUCUGCCACGGACAACUACACACUGCAGAUAAACCCUAACUCAGGUUUAUGUAACGAGGACCAUCUGACCUACUUCAAGUUCAUCGGCCGUGUGGCAGGCAUGGCUGUGUAUCAUGGCAAAUUGCUCGAUGCUUUCUUCAUCCGACCUUUCUACAAGAUGAUGCUGCAGAAGCCCAUCACGCUCCAAGACAUGGAGUCUGUUGACAGUGAAUAUUUCAACUCCUUGAUGUGGAUUUUGGAGAACGACCCAACAGACUUGGAUUUGAGGUUCACCAUUGACGAAGAGCUGUUUGGACAGACCCGCCAGCAUGAACUGAAGCCGGGCGGCACAGACAUCGUUGUCACUAAUGACAAUAAGAAGGAAUAUAUCCAUCUGGUGAUGCAGUGGAGGUUUGUGAACAGGAUACAGAAGCAGAUGUCUGCCUUCAAAGAGGGAUUCUUUGAGUUGAUACCACAAGAUCUGAUAAAGAUCUUUGAUGAGAAUGAGCUUGAGCUGCUCAUGUGUGGUCUUGGAGAUGUGGAUGUGAAUGACUGGAGAGAGAACACCAAGUAUAAGAACAACUACUGCCCCAACCACAUCGUUAUCCUGUGGUUUUGGAAAACGGUGCUGUUGAUGGAUGCAGAAAAGCGAAUCCGUCUUUUACAGUUUGUGACGGGAACAUCAAGAGUCCCAAUGAAUGGCUUUGCUGAACUCUAUGGGUCUAAUGGACCACAGCUGUUUACCAUCGAGCAGUGGGGAACACGUGAUAAACUCCCCCGAGCCCACACAUGCUUCAACCGACUGGACCUGCCUCCUUAUGAGUCUUUUGAGGAACUGAGGGAGAAACUUCACAUAGCCAUCGAGAACGCACAAGGCUUCGAUGGGGUGGAUUAGUGCUUCUGCUGUAAUUGAGGUGAACUGACAUUACUGCUGAGAGAAAAAAGCUGUGCGUCAGAUUGGGGUCUCAACCUGCCAGCUGUGUGACAGUCACACAACCUUCGCUUUCCCACACUUCACGCAGAGAAAGGACAUUAAUCUUAUCUGGAGUGACGGAGGUUUGCAUCGCUCCGUGUGUUUACAAAUCAGGUUUUCUUAUUAUUGGAUUCAAAGUCGCUCAGAGAUGUAUCCGCUUUUAUUUGUUCUGCUAGAAUGCUUAAAUAUUUAAAGAACUUGAUUCUGUGAAAUGACAAUGUUACAGAAAUGAAUGUGAAUGCGAAGCUGUAUACUGUAUAACAAAAACAAACUUUAGGAAACAUUAGACUUCCCAUUGUAGUUGGUGGGAAAUUAGUUUAGUUAUGGAAAGUUUUGGAAAGUCCCUUAACUUCCCUCCACGUCCCUUCAACACAUGUUAGUGCUGGAAAGAGUGGACCAUGGGUCAGAAUAGUCAGGCCACUGUGGUAAAGUCACAGUUAUUUUUUUACCAAAAGGAUAACAUAAACCCUUGAUGUUUGAAUACAAAAAAAAUAUGAACUCACAAUCCAUGUAAAGUGAACAAGUCCAUAAUCCCUUUAAACGUGACAUUGGCCAAACUGGAACAUUACAAGAUGAAAAUGUUGAGGAAGAUGAGGGCAACAACGUGUUAGAAGUUUAUUCCAGAUGUAUAGGACGUUUUAAACGGCAAAACCUGAAUAAUAACUCGGCAAUUCAACCUAAAUAAAACGGAUGUGAAAAUAUUUUCUCUCCAUUUUUUAAAUUCUCUACAUAAUUAUACAUUUUUCAUUCCAUCAAGCUCUAAACACUGAUGCAAAUCUCACACAUAUGCACCUCAGAAGCAUUUGUAGCAGAAAAUCUGCAGGUUAUACACAAGUUUGAGCGACUACUCUUAAAGCAAAUGUACCCUUUAAUCAUUAUAGUAGUGAUGUACCAAUACCAGGACCAGUUUAACAGGCUCAACUAAUUAUACCGUAGUUUGCAUCUGCGUCAUCUACAGAUCCAAAGAAGUGAGUACGUUCAGUGUUAGAUUGUGCUAAAAUACUAUGCAUAAUUGUACAUGUUGACAUGAGAUACUUGAAUGACUUUUGAGUGUCUCAGUUAUUA